AUGCGUUUCCUCAACUUCAUUGGUCUCGUCUUGGCCGGAGCUACUGCCUCCAACGCAGCGUCUGCUUGCGCACCCACUGACUCCGAUGCUGCUGUUCUGGAAUUCGCCUGGGGUCUAGCUGACUUCAUUGGCGGCUACUACAACUCCACCGUCGACUCCAACUUCCCUUCCAGCUCGAAGAACGCCACUGUCCUGGGCUACAAGAAGAUUCUGGCGGGUCUCUCAACGCAGAACACCCUCUCGGUUGAAGCCAUUGACAAGGUCUCCGCCAAGGUCUCUAGCUACAAGGAGCCCCAGUGCACUUUCGACUACCCCCAGGUCAACACCACCGCUGCCUGGGCCUACUACGCCUACCAGUUCGAGUCCACCGUCACUGGUGCCUUCAUCGGUCUUGCUGGAUACACCCAGUCUCCUGAGGUUUCCUUCCUCAUGGCCCGCCUGGCUGCCGAGCACAACGGCCACGCUACCGUCAUCGGUAGCCGUGUCAACUCUACUCUCUUUGCCGAUAACUCCACCUCCUUGGUGGCGGCCUAUGGUCCCAACCAGGUCAUCUCUACCCGCAACGCCACUGGCAGCCUCGGCCAGUACCUUGGCGGUUGCCUCACUGCUCCCUCCAGCCCCUGCGGUGCUCUGCGCAUCGGUCCUCUGGACGCUACCCCCAGCUCCUCUGCUGGUGCUAGCUCCACUGCUUCCCCCAGCUCCACUGCUUCCUCUGCCUUGAAGCACCACUAA